AACACUUCCGGGUUGGAAGACGAGCGCUACAUUGUCGCUGGGUAGGUUGGAUGAGCUUUCCUUGAGUUUCUGCGCCCCAAGUGUGGCGGGCGGCUGCGCUGGUGCCACGUUCCGAGUGAGGCUGCGGCCUGAGGCGGUUGUGCCUGUUCCUCGCCGCCGGGGGCAGUGGGGGCCUGGGAGCCAGGCCGCGGCCCGCGGGUUCCUUCUAGUCUGUUCCUCCGGUCGCCGGCCCGGGACAGAGCAGGGGACAGGAUGAAAGGGGGCACAAGCAAAUUUAAGACCCACACUGAAACUUUGUACAAGAAAAAGAAAUGGUCUUCUGUGUCUGAAAAAAGACCUCAGAAAUGUCCCUCUCAGUGCUUGGAGAGCAAGCAGCCUCAGGUAUCUGUGUUGGGGAAGAGGAGGAGGGCGUCCCAGACACCAGCCCAGGAGACCUUAGAGAGUGAGUGGCCUCAAAAGGCCAAGAGGAAGAAGAGGAGGAGGGAACCCCAGACACCAGCCCAGGAGACCUUAGAGAGUGAGUGGCCUCAAAAGGCCAAGAAGAAGAAGAGAAGGGGGGAACCCCAGACACCAACCCAAGAGAGUUUGGAGAGUGAGCAGCCUCCAGUGUCCUUGCUGGGGAAGAGAAGGAGGGAAUCCCAGACACCAGCCCAGGAGAACUCGGAGAGUGAGCAGCCUCGGAAAGCCAAGAGAAGGAGGAAGAAAAGGAAAGGGUCCCAGCAACCAACUUCCUCCCUUCUGAAAACUCCAGAAACCUUUCUUAAAGCUAAGAAAACCACUUCUGCCCACAAGAAGAAAAAGAAUAGUGUUCUGGAGGUGGAUAUGGAAACUGGGAUCAUCCUUGUAGAUAAAGAAAACAUGGAGAACCUGCUAGAGACUUCUAGAAAGGAUGUGGAUAUUGUUUAUGUUGAUAUGAGCAAGGGACAAAGGUCAGCAAAAGUGCGUGAAACAGGAGAGCUGCCCGCUGCUAAGCCACAGGAACAUGGCUGUCGAGAGCUGCUCGGUGACGUCAGGAGCAGAAAGAAACAAAAGCACCUCCAGAAAGUUGCACCCUGGGAUGUUGUUCAGGGGAGCCAGCCUGAGAGUAUCUCCCUGCCCCCAUCAGAGCCCUUGUCUUCUGAAGAUUUAGAAGGCAAAAGCACAGAAGCAGCAGUGUUUUGUAAAAAGAAGUCUAAAAAAAACGUGUUCAGGAGCCAGGAAUUGGAGCCCAUCCCCGACAGUCUUGAUGACUCGGAGACCAUCUCUGAGAGACUUGAUAGCACACACCAUGGAGGAGCUGUCGGGGCUGGAGAAGAAUGUGAGAGCACCAAAGAAUCCCACAGUAUCAAAAAAAAGUCCAAGAAAAAGAAGCACAAGUCUGUUGCUCUUGCCACAUCUAGUGACAGUGCCUCAGUGACAGACAGCAAGGCUAAGAAUGCCCUGGUGGACUCCUCAGAAGGCAGUGGUGCUGUGAGGGAAGAGGACGUGGACCACAGGCCAGCAGAGGCAGAAGCCCAGGCUUGUUCCACUGAGAAGCACAGGGAAGCCAUGCAGAGGUUAGAACCUACCCAUGAAGAAGAAAGCAAUUCGGAAUCAGCUAGCAAUUCUGCAGCAAGACACAUAUCUGAGGACAGGAGAGAGUCUGAUGACUCGGAUGUUGAUUUGGGCUCUGCAGUGAGACAGCUGCGAGAGUUCAUUCCUGACAUACAGGAAAGGGCGGCCACCACCAUCAGACGCAUGUAUCGGGAUGACCUAGGGCGCUUCAAAGAAUUUAAGGCACAAGGUGUGGCUAUUAGAUUUGGCAAAUUUUCUGCUAAAGAAAAUAAACAAAUAGAAAAAAAUGUGCAAGAUUUCCUAUCCCUGACUGGAAUUGAGAGUGCAGACAAGCUGCUGUACACAGACAGAUACCCAGAGGAAAAGACUCUGAUCACCAACCUAAAACGGAAGCAUGCCUUCAGACUGCACAUUGGGAAGGGCAUCGCUCGGCCCUGGAAGCUCGUGUACUACCGUGCAAAGAAGAUCUUUGAUGUGAAUAACUACAAAGGCAGGUACAAUGAAGAAGAUACUAAGAAGCUGAAGGCAUACCAUUCCCUCCAUGGAAACGACUGGAAAAAGAUUGGGGCCAUGGUGGCCCGAAGCAGCCUCUCAGUCGCCCUCAAGUUCUCUCAGAUUGGUGGUACUAGAAACCAAGGUGCUUGGAGUAAGGCAGAAACCCAGAGGCUAAUCAAGGCUGUGGAGGACGUGAUCCUAAAGAAGAUGUCUCCCCAGGAGUUAAGAGAACUGGAUUCUAAACUCCAGGAAGACCCUGAGGGUCGCCUGUCAAUUGUCCGGGAAAAACUCUACAAGGGCAUAUCUUGGGUGGAGGUGGAAGCUAGAGUGGAGACCCGGAACUGGAUGCAGUGCAAAAGUAAGUGGACAGAGAUUCUUACCAAAAGGAUGACCCAUGGUGGGUUCGUGUAUCGUGGGGUCAAUGCUCUACAGGCCAAAAUCACCCUUAUUGAAAGGUUGUAUGAACUAAAUGUGAAUGAUGCUAAUGAAAUAGACUGGGAAGAUCUUGCUAGCGCCAUAGGGGAUGUCCCUCCACCUUUUGUUCAGGCAAAAUUUUAUAAGCUGAAAGCUGCCUGCGUUCCCUUUUGGCAGAAAAAGACUUUUCCAGAAAUCAUUGACUACUUAUAUAAGAACAGUCUGCCUUUGCUGAAGGAAAAGUUAGACAAGAAAAUGAAGAAAAAAGACGGCCAGAUCCAAACACCUGCAGCUCCCAAACAAGACUUUCUGUUCAAAGACAUCUUCCAUUGCGAUGAUGACAGUGAUGAAGGGAGCCCAGAGGAGCCCAGCGCCUCUGAUGUGCAGUGACUGGAUCGUCUCUUCCUCAAACUGCUCUCUGUUCCCUUGGACCUGUGUUGUGCAUUGGCUAUAGAUCCCGCUCGCAUGUGAUACCUCUCCUGUGCUGGGCACCGAGUCACACGGUGUUCUGCUGGAGCAUUGGUAGUCUGCAUCGGAGCCCAACUGGUAGCCUUGAAGAGUCUGUCAGCUGAACACAGCCCCACUGGAUUCUCAGGACUGGGUGAAAGGGGUGCUCUUUGGUCAAUCAGGAGAGUCAACCCAACUGUAGGGGCUUCAGAGAAGAAAACUUAGGGUUUGGGUAAGAAGAAGUAUUCCAUGAGAUCUGUGCACUAUGGAGAUAGGUGGGGGAGUGGGAAGUGGGGUCACAGGAUUGAAGCCAACCUGGGCUACAUAGUUCCUCCAGCAUAUACACACACAGUGGGAUGCUGGAGCAUCCUCCAAAAGGAGAAGUGCAUUGCCCAGAGAGCAGGAGAGUACUGCAGAGAAGCUCUAGCUCUGCAAGCCCCAAUUUCCCUGUGUUCCUUCUAGCUGUUCCCAUACUCAGGCUGUCUGUUGUUGCCCUGCAGAGAAAUGUGUCCAUGUGUGACCCUUAGCAGAACACUGCUGCAAGGGAGUCUGGGACACCCAAAUGUUCAGACAUUCAGACUUCUGCCCCAUCUGUGCUGGGGAGACAGAAGGGAAAGUGAGGCUAAUGAAACCGCCCAUAUACUGCUGUCUACGUUGGUGCCACUCAGCAAUCUUCUGUCUCCCGAGAACUCUCAGACAUGAUUUCUGUGGCACUAUUAGAAGGUGGACUAGAGGGCUGGUGAGAUGGCUCAGUGGGUAAGAGCACCCGAUUGCUCUCCCGAAGGUCCGGAGUUCAAAUCCCAGCAACCACAUGGUGGCUCACAACCAUCUGUAACAAGAUCUGACUCCCUCUUCUGGAGUGUCUGAAGACAGCUACAGUGUACUUACAUAUAAUAAAUAAAUAAAUCUUUAAAAAAAAAAAAAAAAAAAAAGAAGGUGGACUAGAAGGAGCUUCUGCUUGCCAUGUACCUAGCACUUCCCCAGAUGUGCAGAUAACGGAGUAGUCAGGUGGAAUGCACUAAUGCACCCAGCAUUCAUGUGGGGUAGGAGGAGCGGGAGGUCAAAGUGGUCCUUACAAAUAGCAGGCUCUAGGCCAGGGUGGCCUAUAGAUGACUCUGGCUCUAACAAACACACAAAUAAAACAUUGUGUGAAUGAUGGUAUUUUAGUACAUGGUUCUCUACCCAGCCCCUCUGUCCCUCAGGCAUUCUAGACUCUGUGCUGACAGGACUAAAUUGCUCCUACAAAAAUAAUAGUACUAAUGUAUAAGCCAAUUCUAUAUUUGUGAUAGAAGAAAAAAUGAAUAUUCUUUAACAGGAAGUAUGUUCCUAGAAUGGGAUAUCAUAUGGUAAAUUACAGUGAUAACAAUAGAUCUGGUUGACAUGACGUUAUAUUUUUGUGAAGUAUUUCAAAAGAAUAUAUAUUUUCUCAGUUUUAUAAAAAUGAAAAAUAAAAGAAAUUGGUUGUUUAUA